UUCUAGUUUGAUUUAAACUAAACUUAGGCCACUUAAAUAUAGCUACUCCUUAACCACACAUUCUGUGUUGCCAUGCAUACAUAGACAAACAACACCACACACAAAAUAUGUAUCUUCAAAGCUAUCCACACACUUGGGUACCUACUACCCUUUGAACAUUCCUAAAUAUAUAAGUUGCAUGGCAAAACAUCAUUUCUUGCCUUGGCAGCGCUUCCUUUUGAGAGAAAAUGGCCAAUGAUGAUAUCAAAUAUGAAGAGGAAUAUGUUUUGAAUGCACGAGGAAUGAAGCUCUUUACAUGCCAGUGGAGACCUUCAAACUAUGAACCAAAAGCUCUAAUCUUCCUGUGCCAUGGAUAUGCCAUGGAAUGUAGCAUUUCAAUGAGAGGCACAGGCACAAGGUUGGCACAGGCUGGAUUUGCGGUGCAUGGAUUGGACUACGAGGGCCACGGGAAGUCUUCUGGACUUCAGGGCUAUAUCAGCAGUUUCAAUGAUAUUGUGAUUGAUUGCUCUAAGUACUUUGCAAGUGUUUGUGAGAAAGUAGGGUACAAGAACCAAAGGAGAUUCUUGCUCGGUGAAUCCAUGGGGGGAGCUAUUGUGCUUAUGCUUCAUAGGAAGGAACCUACUUAUUGGGAUGGGGCCAUUUUAGUUGCUCCAAUGUGCAAGAUUGCAGAAGACAUGAAGCCUCACCCAAUUGUGAUUUCAAUUUUAAGUAAGCUCAGUAGUGUGAUCCCUACAUGGAGAAUAAUUCCUAAUGAAGAUAUCAUUGAUAGGGCAAUUAAAAGUGAGGAAUGGCGUGAAGAGGUACGAAAUAAUCAUUAUUGCUACAAGGGAAGGCCUAGGCUAAAGACUGGUUAUGAACUUUUUAUGGCAAGCUUGGAUAUUGAAAGCAAUCUUGACAAGGUUACCCUACCAUUCAUCAUAGUCCAUGGUGGUGAUGAUGCCGUGACAGACCCGUCUGUAAGUGAGGCACUAUAUACACUAGCUGAGAGCAAGGAUAAGACACUGAAGCUCUUCCCAGGGAUGUGCCAUGCUUUGACUUCUGGUGAACCCAAGGAAAACAUUGAUGUUGUGUUUUCAGACAUCAUCAAAUGGCUGGAUGAGAGGGCAUCGAUUUCAUAGCAAGCUAGGUCCAAGUCCAACAAUGGCUUACAGUUACCAUAAGAUUAAUUCUUCAGUUAGACGAACAAACAAAAAAAAUUGUAAUUAUUAGCUGUUACGAAUAUAUAUACCUUUGAUAUUUGUUGUGGUGAGGGCUAUCUAAUUUGUAGUUACUUGGUUGGGUGUACGUAGUAUGUUGGAAGAUGUG